AUGUCUGAGUCUAAUGAAAUGCAAGUGGAUCAACCACUGGCUCAACAACAACAACAGCAGCAGCAGCAGCAGCAACAGCAGCAGCAACAGCACCACCACCACCAUCAUCAUCACCAUUCACACCACCACUCUCAGAAAGAUCAAAACGCAAACACUGCCAACUACAUUGGCAAAUACCAAGUACUUAAAACUCUAGGCGAAGGCUCCUUUGGUAAAGUCAAAUUGGCCCAACACACAGUCACAGGUCAGAAAGUAGCCUUGAAAAUCAUCAACCGUAAAACAUUGGCCAAGUCAGAUAUGCAAGGACGAAUGGAACGAGAAAUUUCGUAUUUACGUUUAUUAAGACACCCCCACAUUAUCAAACUUUACGACGUUAUCAAAUCAAAAGAUGACAUUAUCAUGGUUAUUGAGUUUGCCGGUAAGGAGUUGUUUGAUUAUAUCGUCCAGCGCGGUAAGAUGCCUGAGGAUGAAGCUAGACGGUUUUUCCAACAAAUUAUUGCUGCUGUUGAAUAUUGUCAUCGUCACAAGAUUGUUCAUCGUGACUUGAAGCCGGAGAAUUUGUUGUUGGAUGAUCAAAUGAAUGUUAAGAUUGCCGAUUUUGGAUUGAGUAAUAUAAUGACUGAUGGAAAUUUUCUCAAGACUAGUUGUGGUUCACCAAAUUAUGCGGCCCCGGAGGUUAUAUCAGGUAAAUUGUAUGCUGGGCCUGAAGUUGAUGUUUGGUCAGCUGGGGUUAUUUUGUACGUGAUGUUGUGUGGUAGGCUACCAUUUGAUGACGAGUUUAUUCCUGCAUUGUUCAAAAAGAUUAGUAAUGGUGUUUAUACCUUGCCUAGUUACUUGAGCCCUGGAGCAAAACAUCUUUUGACAAGAAUGUUGGUGGUUAAUCCUUUGAACAGAAUUACUAUUCAUGAAAUUAUGGAGGAUGAAUGGUUUAAACAAGGAAUGGCUGAUUAUUUGUUACCACCAGAUUUGUCGAAAAGCAAACACAAGAAGAUUGAUAUUGACGAAGAUGUGAUUAGAGCUUUGAAUGUGACCAUGGGGUACGAUCGUGAUGAAAUUGUGAAUGUUAUUGAAAAGAGCAAUAGACAUUCAUCACCUCAACUGCAAAAGAAUGAAAUCUUGGAUGCUUACUUAUUAAUGAAGGAGAAUCGUACAUUGGUUAAAGAUUUACGGAAAUCGAAACUGGACAACGUUGAUAGUUUCUUGUCAUCUUCACCACCUCCAACACCAGGUUUGAGUGGGUAUAAUAAUGCGCAGGCUACUUCAGCAGGGACGUCUGCAGGUAGUAAUACUAGUGGUAGUGCUGGUACCGACGGAGCUGGCGUUGGAGCUGGCGCUGUCACUUACCCCUCGCAUCCAGCUACUAGUUCAGCACCAGGAGUUCAACAAUCAUUAACCUAUCAAACAUUGGCUAGUGUGCCCGAUUUAUCACAACUUCCCAACUCAACAAUUGCCAUUUUACCAACAAGUUUACCUUCGAUCCACCGAGCAUUCAUGACUGAACGCCAAGCUAACCAGCAACUGUAUCAGCCAACUCCCACAAAGAAGUCCAAAACGAGGUGGCAUUUUGGUAUAAGAUCAAGGUCAUAUCCGUUGGAUGUGAUGGGGGAAAUAUAUCGAGCAUUGCAGAACUUGGGUGCCGAAUGGGCCAAACCUACCGAGGAGGAGUUGUGGACGAUACGUGUUCGAUGGAAGUACGAUGUGGCUGCUAGCUCCUCCUCCUCCUCCUCCUCCACCACCACCACCACCACCACUGGUGACAAUAAUGUUAAAACGCCUAAUUUGAUGAAGAUGCAAAUACAAUUGUUUCAAUUGGAGCCUAAUAAUUAUUUAGUAGAUUUCAAGUUUGAUGGAUGGGAGUUGGCAGAAGAAGAAUCGGGACAUGGAGAAGACUCGGCCAAUGCUUCUGCUGCUACUAGUGUCAAGGAUCCUCAUAGACAUCAAGAUUUGGAUGAAGUUGGAAGUUUUUCGGCGUAUCCAUUCUUGCAUUUGGCGACUAGAUUGAUUAUGGAGUUGGCAGUCAAUAGUCAAAGUGCGUAA